AUUCAAUUUCCACCGCUCAGGCAGAAGGAAUAUCUCAAAUGCACGACUAUACUUGAGGAUCAAAUACUUGUACUUGAUGAUUUAAUGUCUCCAGAUGAAUGCAAGCUUUUUGUGAAAUUCAUCGACAAUUUGCCAUUAGAGCUUACACCGCCGAAGAAGAAAGGGGAAGCUGAGCGAGUCAAUUAUCGUUUCUCGACAACAUCAGAAACAUUUGCAGAGAGACUUCACGCAUUAAUUGCCCCUCACCUGCCAUCCUUUCCUUAUCCUCAAUCAUCCAAGCGACGAGAGAUCGAUGGAUUGCUUCGUCUCCCUCACUCGUGUAAUUCCAACAUUCGCAUGUACAAAUACACGCCCUCCCAGCACUUUGGACCCCAUUAUGACGAUGCCAUCUGCGACACCAAGACAGGCACUCGAUCGGAGUGGACGCUUCUCAUCUAUCUGACAGGAACCGAGGAUGGCGUCGAAGGAGGAGAGACGAUUUUCUACAAGAAUCAGCGAGGGAAAGCUCAAGAGAUUAUCACUCCACCUCUGAGGCGUGGCACGGCUUUGUUGCACCGGUAA